AUGUCCAAGAAGGAUGGCGCCCCAGGAGACGACUUGUCUGCCGAUGCCGACGACGGCACCAUCAAAUCCAUGGUCACAGGCGACGAGGAGCAGACGGACGAGGACAAGUUCGCUUCAUUUCCUGAGGCGCUGGUUUGCGACAAUGGAACGGGAUUCCUCAAGGCGGGCGCCGCCUGCCUGGAAGGCCCUGAGGUGGUCAUGCCGCUGAUAACCGGCGAGCCCCGAUUUCGUCAGGUUAUGUGCCAGUCCUCGGACCGCGUCUACGUUGGCGAGGCCGCCCGCCGAAUGGGGAGCGUCCUGGCGCUGAAGAACCCGAUGAAAAAUGGCCAAAUAGACGAUUUUGAGCAGAUGGAGAGGAUAUGGUUUGAUGCCUUCUAUUCCCAACUGCAGGUGGACACCUCCUGCCGGCCCAUGUUGGUCUCGGAACCCCCCCUCAACUCGCGGGCCUCCCGCGAGAAAGUCGCCGCCAUCAUGUUCGAGCAGUUCAACCUGCCCGCCCUGGCCAUCUGCACGGACGCCGUCCUGGCCCUGUACGCCCACGGCCGGACCACGGGGUUAGUCAUCGACUGCGGCCAUGCCAUCUCGCACACGGCCUGCGUGUACAACGGCAGCGUGCUGACGUCAUCCGCGCGGCGGCUGAUGUACGGCGGGGAUGACGUCACGCGCCACCUGGCGCGGCUGCUGAUGGUGGAGCGGGGGCACCGGUUCGAGAGCGCGUCGGAGAUGGAGAGCGUGCGGGCCAUGAAGGAGGCGCGGGGCAGCGUGGCGACGGAGGACGCCAGCGACCUCGACGGCGCCCAGCCGGACGACGAAUCCCCAGAAGGCGCCGCUGAAGCGUACAGCCUGCCGGACGGCCAGCUGGUGGUUCCGGGUGCGGAAACGCGGCGCUGCUCCGAGGCCCUCUUCCACCCCCACCUCCUGGGGAUCGACAACCCCGGCCUCAGCGAGGCCGCCCUCUCCUCCGUCCUCAAGUGCCCCGAGGAGCUGCAGGACGAGAUGUUCGGCUCUGUGGCGGUGUCUGGCGGGCCCGCACGGGCGCCAGGCUUUAGGGAACGGAUGCAAAACGACCUGAGGUCCAUGGCGGCGGGGCGGGGGAAGGGCGUGAGGCUGUUGCCGGGGCUGGGGAGGGGGGACCCGGGGGAGGCGGUGUGG